CUCAGUGUGACCAUUGCGAGUAGAAACGCAACAGCUGCUCCAAUUCGCGCCAAAUUGCCGGCGUCUUUUGCAAAUUUUCAUUAUUCGCGCAUCAAUUUUAGCUGCCAAAAAGAUGAAACUCGACAGCAAAUGUGUAUUGCGCUUCGCCAAGCUCACCGAACACGCACUCGAACCCGUACGUGGCUCGGAGCGUGCUGCUGGACUCGAUCUACGCAGUGCCUACGACUUGGUGGUGCCGGCUCGUGGCAAAGCCAUUGUCAAGACGGAUCUGCAGGUCCAAGUGCCAGAGGGCUCCUAUGGCCGUGUGGCGCCACGGUCUGGCUUGGCUGUGAAGAACUUCAUCGACGUGGGAGCCGGCGUUGUGGAUGAGGACUAUCGCGGCAAUCUGGGUGUUGUGCUGUUCAAUCACUCGGAUGCCGAUUUCGAGGUGAAGCGUGGUGAUCGCAUUGCCCAAUUCAUUUGCGAACGCAUCUUCUAUCCCGAGCUGGAGCAGGUCGACAAACUAGAGGACACAGUGCGCGGCGAGGGUGGCUUUGGCUCAACGGGUGUCAAAGAAUUACCAAAGGAGGAGGCUAAGAAGCAGGAGGAGGAGCCAAAGAAGCAGGAGAAUGGCCAGGAGAACGGUGACAAAGCCGUUCCGGCCUAAAGAGGGGAAACGAUACGCUAAAAGUGCCACAACAACUAAAUCCAUAGCCAUUAAGUCUAAUCAUUGUCAUAGAACUAAGAAGAAGUUAUCCAUCCAAAAUGUCAUUAAUUCCAUUAUCAUCAGUUUUAAAGUAUAAACAAUAAAAUGUCGAAAUAUGUACUUAUUAUAAAUAUCAUAAA